UGCAUUGAAGGCCCUGCCACAUCAUUGCCACAACCCACUGCCCACACCAUAAAAAGUCGCGUCUGGCGCGUUUUCGUCCUUUCCCACCCAACUAUCCUACGACUCCACUCUUACACUACUCCUCCUUUUACUCCCACCUCCACGCAAACAAUGACAAACGACGACGCAUCCGACUUUUCGCUGUCAACACUGUCGUUGAACUCGAACAGCUCACAGUCAGAGGACUGGGACCGUUCGCUUUCGAUGGAUGGCUCAACACCGCCUUCUCCGGGCUCUCAAUCGCGGCCUCUUGCGACUACCACACCUCGAAACUCGGUUGUGUUCCCGGCUGGGAGCGGGGAUGCGGAUGCUACACCGGGGAGACCGGGUACAGAAUCGGGCAAACGCUCACUCAGCGAGCUGAUGCGGUUGCAUGCUGAGAAGGGGACCGCCUGCAAGUUUACUCCAGAGGAAGCGUCGAGGAUAGGCGACGUUCUCCGCGACUGGAUAAACGCCGGGUCGUCGCCAUAUGAAGGAGAAGACGAUUUCUUCGCGCAAGGCUCGCAGGAUGACCUUGCCAUGCUUGCCUCAGCGUCCAAAUCGGCAGUGAAAGACGGCCGGCCAAGAGGGCAAAGCGACACUUCCUCGUCGCAUUCAAGACCGCCCAGCGCCGCUGGCUCCUUCAAAUCAUAG